AUGUCGUCCAAUCUGCUCAACGCCAUUAAAUGCCUCGUCCCCAUUCAUUUUGAAGACCUCAACUAUCUUUCGGCUCUCCUGCUAAUCCCAGUACCAAUCUUAUUGGCCCAUGUAAUCCCUUAUCUCAGGGAUCCUUACAACCAGCGGAGCAUACAGGGUCCAUUCCUUGCCCGCUUUUCGGAUUCUUGGCUAGGUUGGGUAGCGAGCCAAGGUCAUCGCUCAGACGUUGUACACCAGUUGCACAACAAAUACGGAACUUUUGUGCGUCUUGCACCAAAUCACGUCUCCAUUUCCGACCCGGACGCACUGCAAAUUGUAUAUGCCCACGGUAACGGCAGCCUGAAAUCCAACUUCUAUGACGCCUUCGUCUCCAUUCACCGUGGUUUGUUCAAUACUAGGGACCGCGCUGACCAUGGUCGUAAGCGUAAGAUCGUCUCCAACGUCUUUUCGCAAAAGAAUGUCUUGGAGUUCGAACCUUCUGUCCGUCUCUAUGUCAGCCAGCUCAUGAACCAGUGGGACCGUUUAUUCGACGAAGCUCUCAAAAACAAAUCUGGUACCGAGGGAGAAGGUGGUUGGUUUGGUAAGGGAGGUCGUUUGUGGCUCGAUUGCCUUCCAUGGUACAACUAUCUGGCGUUUGAUAUCAUCGGCGACUUGGCGUUCGGAUCACCGUUUGGAAUGAUCCUGAACGCCAAAGACUCCGCGCCUGUUGCUGUUUCACAGAAAGAUGUCAUGAAAUCCUACGGGUCGGAGAAUGAGUGUGCAUACGUCGAUAUUCCUGCCGUCCAGAUUCUUAACGAUCGUGGAGAGUUCUCGGCUUCUAUGGGCGUUCUACCUCCCACGUGGCGACCCUGGGUUCGCCUGCUUCCCUGGUACCGCAAAGGUGGAAUAGCUGUCAAGAAUUUGGCUGGUCUUGCAGUCGCCGCUGUCGCCAAACGCUUUACAACUCCGACCGACCGCGUCGACCUCUUGAGUAAGCUACAAGAGGGACGUGAUGAUGAGGGAAAUCUCAUGGGGAGAGAAGAGCUCACCGCAGAGGCCCUCACUCAGCUCAUCGCCGGCUCCGACACUACUUCCAACUCGUCAUGUGCCAUCACAUAUUACCUUGCCGCCAAUCCUCCUGUACAGCUCAAGCUCCAGAAAGAGCUGGACGACGCCCUCGGCAGUGAAGAUGAAUACGUUUCGACAUACGAACAGGUCAAACGUCUACCUUAUCUGGAAGCUGUUAUCAAUGAAGCCUUGCGCAUUCAUUCGACAUCUUCCAUAGGUCUUCCUCGUGUAGUUCCUGAAGGCGGUUUGACUAUCCAAGGCAUUCAUUUCCCGCAGGGUGCCGUUUUGAGCGUUCCAAGUUACACGAUUCAUAGGGACACCAAAGUGUGGGGAGAAGACGCGGAUGUAUUCCGUCCAGAGAGGUGGUUUGAGCAUGAUAGUGCCACUUUGCAAAAAGCCUUCAAUCCGUUUUCCUAUGGGCCCAGAGCAUGUGUGGGACGCAACCUUGCGUCCAUGGAGCUAUUAAUUAUCAUAUCUUCCAUUCUCCGCCGCUACCAAUUCGUCCUGGCAGAUCCAGAUAAAGCGUUUGACACACGGGAGGGCUUCCUGCGAAAGCCGGUGGAGUGCUGGGUGGGAAUCAAGCGUCGGCAGGGAUGA